AUGAGAGGCGACCACAAAGAGCCGACGAUUAUUCUAGAGGCUAUCGCAUCACAUGAUCUUUGGAUAUGGCAUGCAUUCUUUGGUCUAGCUGGUGCAAACAAUGACAUCAACGUGCUAGACCAGUCACCCGUAUUCAACGAUAUCUACCUUGGAAAGUCACACGAUGUACCUUUUCAAGCAAAUGGGGUAGCAUAUAAGCGUGGAUACUAUCUUACUGACGGUAUAUAUCCUCAUUUGUCUGUUUUUGUGAAAUCGUUUACAUGUCCUAACGACCCGAAAAGGAAAAAGUUUAAAGAGGCGCAAGAGUCAGCUAGGAAGGAUGUGGAGCGAGCAUUUGGUGUACUUAAGAGACGUUGGCAAAAUGAAGGAAGAGCGAUAUGCCGAUACAACGAAAAUGAAGUUUUGCCAAAUGUCGAAGGAGUAGUCGUUCGUACACAAGAGUAUAGGGUGAACAGAAGAGUACACAAUCGCGACCUUCAUCAGGCCCUUCGUGUUGAUUUGGUGGAGCACAAUUAUAGGGCUCAUGUUCAGCUCCCGCAAGAGUUAUCUUACGAUGAUGAUUUGUUUAACGAAUUAGACGAGGAUUCUGAUAUGUUCGUCGAGAGUGAAGAUUCCGACGACGAGAGUGACGUUGGGGAGAAUGAUGCAGAUGAUCUAGGCGAGGACGAAGACGAUGAUUCCGAGUGA